CCUACAUCUACCUUCAGCGUCUCGUUCUGCGGACUCCGUAGCCUUUCUCUCGCGUCUAGUCGUGAACCACGACAACCCGUCUUCAUGGACGAAGAAAAUCGGCCUGGCAGGGAGGAAUGCUAUCCCCGUGGCGCGGAGUCGGAAGUGCUUCGUCAUCAGUCCACGUACUCGCUGCGGGCGCCAUCCGUGGCGGCGGGUGGAGGGCGCCUGCGCUGUCGACGACUGUGGCCUCUCGGCGUCUUCAUGCCGCUCUUCCUGAUGCCGCUGUUCUUCUUUGGGGCGAAAUACGGUGGCUGCCUGUACUGCCUGCUGCUCCCGCUGAUUCUGUGCGCCUUCAGCGUGGUGCCCAAGCCAGCUACCGCGCUCGUACACCUGGUCACCGUACCGCUUCUGGGACUGCUGGAACCGGAGCUCAUCGCCGGCCAGUACCUAGCCCUGGAGGUGCUGACCGUGGCCGCGCUGCUGUUCGUGGUCGCGGUGCUGGACGCCUGGAGCGAGCUGGUGCGCAACACGGCGCAGCUGCUGUGCGCGCGCUGCGGCCUUCGCCGUGGUCCGCUGUUCGCCGGCGCGUGCGCCUGCUCGUUCGCGAUCGCGUGGCUCCUGUCGGGCGCCGUGGCCUCGGUGGUCGUGCUGUACUUCGUGGACCGCGUGCUGUACACCAUCCGCAAGGAGAAGAUGGACCAGCCACCGGAUGGCUUGCUGACCGCCAUCCCGUUCACCUCGCAGCAGGAUUCGAGCGGUUCCUUGCGGUCGGCACCCGUGGUGGAGGACGAGACACUCUUCGACCGGCUGGCGCAAGUCGUGCUCACCAUGAAGAAGCCCGAGCGCCGGAAGGCGCGUGUGAGGAAGCUCGGCGCAGCCAAGGGCAUUCCAGUGACCCCUGUUACCCCGGCCACCACACAGGCGUCCGGAAGCAUCAUUCCCGCCGAGCCCGCAGGGCCGGAGUGCGCGGACGGUGGCUCGCCAGGCAAGGACGACCGUAAGGACGACCGCAAGGACGGCCGUUUCGGCUCGUGGCGCCUGAAGUGGUUCAAGAAGCAGGGAGCCACCGAGACACAGGAAAACUUGCAAGAAGUGACGCCUCACAUUCCCGCAAGCGAGGACGCGGACAAGCCAACCAACCAGCAGGACGAUACGGGCGAGGCCAGGUCGACGCAAGCUCGAGCGUUGCCACCCAAGUCCGACGGCACCUUGAAUCUCAUAUUGCGAAAGGUGCUACGGAUGCAGGAGCCCGUACGCGAGGAAAAGGGGCGCGACCUGCUGCAGCGGAGUCCCGAGGCAUCGGCCGUGUCUCAGUUCGGCGUCUCUCAGCCAUUCGCGCCAGGGAGCAGCAAAGCGGGCGGGUCCGGGCACUCCGUCAUGGACACAACCGCGACGAGGCAAGUGUCGCGAAGGAAAAGCCGCGCUUUCAACGUCUUCUUCUGGCGCGAAAACCAGCAACCCCAUAACACCCCGAACACCAAGGAAACCGAAGGCACGAGUACUUCAACCACGGAGGGCCAGGCGCGUCCCGCGUGGUACCGAAGGAUGAGCGUCUUCGCUGGCAAGCUCAUCGGUAGGCGCCUCUCUUUAGUGCCGUCCAAGUCGGCCCAAAACGCAAGGGACCCGCCCACGCAUCACGGUACGGGACCUGUCGCAAGUGCCGAGGAAGAGACGGAAGCGAGGGGCAACGGGCUCGCCGAGGACACCGUUUCGGAGUCGCCCAGCAGGCUCCCGCGCGGUCACCGCAGCGAGAACUUCGGGAAUGCGGAAAGCGACUUCUUUGGUCAUUCGACGCCGCCGCUACCUCCAGCCGCCAAAGACGAUGCCGGGACUGUCGCCACAGCCACUGUGGACGCAGCGUCGCAGAAGCCCCACCUAUCGUUUCGGAGCAGUACGUCGGCCACGUUGACCAAGACGCCCACACCGCUGGUUCCGGCAGUGGAGUCGUCUGACCUCGAGGUUGCCCCGGCUAAUAAAGGACAGGUUUCUAGCUCGAGCACGAUGACUUUCGACAGUCGCUCUUCAGAUCAAAGACCCGUUACGACCAAGCUUGCGAAGGUCACGUCGAGUAGGGUUUGCACUUUGAGUACUCGCGAGCCCGAACUCUCGUCUCACACCCACACCCCUGCCGCUGUUACGGGCACUGAGACGCUCGUUACUCCAUCUAUAAAGGAGUUUCGGCCUGGAAUGCAAGCAAAGCCUGCUUCUUCUGCUGCUGCUUACCUGACCCCAACGAUCACUGACACUCGCACGUCCGACAGCAAGCCGGUUCCGCCCGAACCUGACUGCGUCAGCGGUCCUAACUUUGAACGCAACGUCGAAGGACCAACUUCUGAUAAGGUGAGCACCGUCGACGAAAAACCACGCAGUUACGUCGGGAAGGACGCUCAUGGUCAAAUAUGCAAUAAUUUUGGUCAGAGGAUCGUCGAAGGCAAUUGCUUAAGGCCUGCUCCGGGGCUUAGCGAAGUUGCACCGGCUAAAAAGACAGGGAAAGAUGCCGAACGUGGCAAGAAGGGGCGUCAAAAGACGCACUCGGGGAAGUACAAGAUCAGAGGCACGAAAAAAAGAAAGCGAUCCGCUAAGAGGAGAGCGGAUAGCACUAGCUCGAAGUUGUCCUGGGGAGACUCGACGCGUUCUAUAGGUGGCACGCCUGCCAGCGAUCAGCCGUCAGAAGCAGCUGCGGGCUCUCCAAACGAGAUGACCGAGUUAACGAACGCGACAGAAGACUUGAACGCGGCUCCCCGUUCCGCGUUAGAAGGAGGUCGACAUCAGGACACCAUAGCGCUCGAAGCUAUUCCGUUCCCAAAAGAAGGCCUAGAGAGCAGCGCUGCUAUGAACCACCCGGCCGUGCCUCCUAAUGCGGGGCAACUGACUGGCGCCGAAGGAGCCCACGAUUCGCGUCGCACUUCUGCAGACGACGAGCAGGCGAGGAAAACGUCAUCGUCUGGGCAACCGCUAUCAAGCGAGCCGGAGAUGAAUGCGUCGGCAGCGGCGUCGGAAUCCAAGCUCGAGCGCGAACAAGACGACGACGCGAAUGUGAAGGAGCCCUCCAAGAAAUCCCGUACGUCGAAGCCGUCCACUAAACGCGCUCGCCGCAGCUCUGACCGAAAUAAGGCAGGCAGAGACCACGCAGACAGGGAAACCAAGAUGGCGACGAAGCUCGGGUCCGGCCAGGUGGUUUGUCCGGAGAGUGUGGCGAACGGAAAAGACGAGCAGCCUGCCGCGAACCCCGUAGAUGCUCUCAAGACGUCUGUGACAUCAAUCGUCCCUGCGACACAGACGGGGCUCCUACCAGCGUUUGGGUUGGCUUCCGAGGUGCCGACGGAAGACGUAGUUACACCGGUGGAGCCAACGCAGGCCUCCACUGCGAGUGACAUUCGUGCCCCGACGCCACGCUUCAUUUCCGGCAACUCUCGCGCCAGAUUUAGGCUGCAGGAGAAGCGAAAGCAAUCUGUCGUGUCCUUUGAAGCCGGCGUCAAGGAACCGCAAACGAACGACAAGGUGCCCAUCGUGAAACGACAGGUGUACUUUGCCACGUUGCAGUGA